CCCCACGCCAUCGCCACCCACUCGCGAACUAGACAGAAACCGCAAGAAACCAAACACCUUUUACUGGACGAGGUGCUCGUCGUCGUCGUCGGCGGCGGUCUUUCGGGUGACGGGAUGGGAGGUGUUGAGGCGGAUUGCGACAGGAUCAGGGGCCCGUGGAGUCCCGAGGAGGACGAGGCGCUGCGGCGGCUGGUGGAGCGGCACGGGGCGCGGAACUGGACGGCGAUCGGGCGGGAGAUCCCCGGGCGGUCGGGGAAGUCGUGCCGGCUCCGGUGGUGCAACCAGCUCUCGCCGCAGGUGGAACGGCGGCCGUUCACGCCCGAGGAGGACGCCACCAUCCUGCGCGCGCACGCGCGGCUCGGGAACCGGUGGGCCGCCAUCGCGCGGCUCCUCCAGGGCCGCACCGACAACGCCGUGAAGAACCACUGGAACUGCUCCCUCAAGCGGAAGCUCGCCGUCGCCACCGCCGGGUCCGCGCCGGGCGUCGUCGCCGAUGCCGCCGCCGAGGUCGUCGAGCGGCCGUGCAAGCGGCUGAGCUCCACGCCGGACAGCCCGUCGGGGUCUGGUUCCGCGUCGGACCGCAGCGACCUCAGCCACGGCGGCGGUAGCGGCGGCUUCGGGCAGAUUUUCCGGCCGGUGGCGCGGACCGGCGCGUUCGAGCCGGUCGACUGCGCCAUCAGCCGGCGGCACGAGGAGGACCCGCUCACCUCGCUCUCCCUCUCCCUCCCGGGGAUGGACCAGCGCUUCAACCACGACAGCGCCCACAGCCACUUCCAAGAACUCCCCUCCUCUCCGUCCCCACCACCACCGCCCCCCUCGAAGCCGGCGGCGCAGUACCCGUUCACCCCCGAGUUCGCCGCCGCGAUGCAGGAGAUGAUCCGCGCCGAGGUGCACAAGUACAUGGCGAGCGUCGGCGUCCGCGCCGGGUGCGGCGACGCCGGCGGGGCCGACCUCCACAUGCCGCAGCUGCUGGAGGGCGUGAUGCGCGCCGCCGCGGAGCGCGUCGGAGGAGUCGGGAGGACGCACUGAUCGAACCUAGCGUCCAUUUAGAAUCUCUACUGUCGUUUCAACUAUUUUUUCUUUUUUUUAAAGUUUGUUCCCAAACUGCUGUGAAAACCGAAACAGUAGUCCAAAAUGGAAGGAAGCAGUAAAAAAAAAAAAGAAGGCGAGGAGAGAUGGGAAAGAAAUGUGCGAACUACGAAAAACAGUAGCUCGGCUACCUAUGUACAGCAAAUGCAAAAUGCAAAUCGAAAUGGGGAAAGUAAAAGUGGUGGUGAAUCAUGAAAAACGA